AUGGAAAAGACCUCUAAUGAUCAAUCAGUAGAAGUGAUUAAAAAACCAAGAACAACCUAUUCAACUCAUGUUCUUCGCAGGGCAGUUCCAAACUUCAACUAUAAAGCAUAAAAAGAAUCAAUAACUUAAGUAAAGCUAAAAGUGCUUACUGUUUUACGACUUCCCAAAGAGGAGUAGGCAUCAAGGAGAGUUAAAACAGUCGACAAUAUUCCAAAGAUUCUUAGUUUUGUGUCUUUACAUGAUAAUUAGAGAAUCAAUGGAAGAUCAAGAAUUCUUAAUGACAAAAAAGAUGAUAUGGCUGUGGUCGAUGAAGAUAUAGAAGAGGAAAGUAAAAGAUCUAGAGGCUUAGACUGUGAUUAAGACGAAAGAGAUCGAUUUAAAGAUAGUGCCACUUCUGAUGAUAAUGAUGGUAGCUCAAUAGAGGGUGAUGAAGAUGAUGAGUACAAAAUCUAUUAAGUAAUACAAUAAAGUUUAUAGCAAAGAGAUUAGCCUAUAAUUGUUGAUGAUCUUGUAGAUAAUGAGACGAUUGACCUACUUAGGCUUUGCUAAAAAUUUAGAUAUCCAAGUGAGGAAGAGAUCAAAGAUAAAUUCGUGAAAUUCGGUCCAUAAAAUAGAACUAAAACGUUAGUCCUGGACAUGGACGAAACCUUGAUUCAUGCUAAGUUUCUUACUUCACCUGAUAUGGAAAAAUCUGAUGAUGGUGAUUUUACAGUACAUCUGGCUAGUAGAGACAGUGAAAAUGUAGUGAAAGUUAGUGUGAAAAUGAGACCUUAUCUAGACAACUGUUUGGAAUACUUGGCUAAGUACUAUGAAAUAGCAGUAUUUACUGCAGGAGAGUAGUCGUAUGCAGAUGCUGUUCUUGACUAUCUAGAUGAAGGUAGAUAGAUUAUCAGGCAUAGGCUCUAUAGACAGCACUGUGUAAAUGCAAUUGAUGGAAUAUAUGUGAAAGAUUUGAGAAUUAUUCAAGAUCGAGAUCUAAGGAAUAUCGUUUUAGUUGAUAACUCUAUAGUAUCUUUUGCAUUCAAUAUGGAUAAUGGAGUACCAAUUAGUGCUUUCAUUAGAUAGCCAAAGGAUGAAGAAUUUCUGUAUCUAGUAAGCUUUUUAGAUGAGGUUUUCCAUUCUAAUGACGUUAGAGAAAAAAUAUCAUCAACAUUUAAACUGAAAGAAUAGAUGUAGAAAAUCAAGCUUUGA